CGUUUCCCAACCCUAAUUAAUGGGGAAGCAAUCGUGAAGGCCGGCGCUUAAAAGGGGUUAUAGUAUGGUUUUGAUUUGAUUAUUAGCGUAAUAUGUGGGUGGAAGUGGUUAGGGUCGCAUCGCGGUGUCACUACUCGGCUGCACACGUGCAUGCGUUCGCUCGCUCGCUUGCAUAAAUCCUAUUUUCUCCCAAAUGGACGCAUGUUAUUGUCACUACUUUAAUUUUGUCUCUCAUCAUCUCAGGGAGGGUUUAUUAUCCAUUUGCUGACGAUUUUAGGAGAGGUACGAUAAGAACUAAUAUUAGAUUGAUUGUUUGAUUGUAUACAUCAUAUAUAAUACAUAUGCAAGUGUGUAAAAAGUCAGCAACAAAAGAUUCUAGAUAGCUAUGAAAUUUCCGGAUCAACGUGUAAAACCAAACUAUAUAUACACGAAUCACUAAUGAAAUGUCGCGUAUGUUAUCUAGUUGGUUAUUGGAUGGGGACAAAGUGAUUAGGGUGGGUUAUGGCAACACGAGGUUAUUAGUCGAGCCAUUUACCUAAUAUGAAUGUAUGACCAAGAUCACGAACGGUAAAAUGAAACUAUGAUGCUCACUCCAACUAAUUACGAUUUAUCUAUCCUUUUAUAUUAUUAAUUUGAAUGACUUGAUAGGUUGACAUAAACGAUCCAUAUAAGAAAUUUGACUGGAAUUGGCGAAAAAUAACUGAUAUACGUAUGGCAUAUUAAAUUUCGUGACAAAUUUUGUUGAAUAAGGCGAUUAAUUAUAUUUAUUAAUUAGUAACCCAGAGAAAUAAGUGAAUGUUCAAUGGUUCAAUUUUAUAUCAAUGUAUUUUAGAUUUCUCAUUUUUCUUCAUUACACUACUACCGAACCUUCAAAUAUUUUUUACUUUUCCUUCCUUUGUGUAUGAAUGAGUAGACUGCCCAACCAUUUAAUUUUAUAUUGCAUGUUGACCUUUGAUGAGCGAAUAAUAUAAUCGAUGACCCACCAUAAUUUUGAAUAUAACCUGAAUUAGCUUGGAGAUUUGUCUUUCUUGACGCCUCCUUCUCCCUCUCCCUCUUGCUUGUUUUUAGUAUUUAUUGAUUGACAUUAGGAACCGACCGGCCUACCUACCUGCCCAUAAUCACAACAAAAAUUUCCACCACUAGCUUAAUUAGCUAUGGAAUGGAAUGGAUUAACGUUUUCCACAAUCAUUACCGUGAUCUAUAAUGCCCAUAUUAGAUUAGAUUUGCCACAAAACAAAUAAAGGUGGAUAUAUGCAAUGAGUUGCCCAUGUUUGUAGUAAGAGCUAGUCGCUAAAACAAUAAGGCAAAAUUCACUUCCAUAGUCAUAACUUUGCACUUUGUGAUAAAUAUAGCCAGAUUCUGAGAAAUACACAAAUAUAGCCACAUUUUAUAAACUUACUUGACAAAUAUAGCCAUUUCGGUUAAAUAAUUUGACGACGUUAAUAAUUCCGUCAGUUAAAUGGAUGUCAUUCUGAUGAGGCUGCCACGUCAUGGCCACGUCAUUCCCACAUAGACCCCCACUGCCACAUAAUCGCCACAUCACAUUUUCAAAUAAAAAAACAUAAAUACACUUUUGUGGAUCGUAUUUUUCUUCCUCUUCACAAAUUUUUAAUUAAAAAUUUCCUUUGUUCUUCGCCGGUUCCAUGGUUGGGUAUUGGCAGGAGAACAACCACCGGCACCUACUGGCUGUUGAUGGGUUCAUCUUCAAUCGCCGUCAUCUUUGAUUCAUUACCGCUCUCAAUCCCACGAUUCAUCAUCACCAAAUGAGAAGAAAGUGUUGCAAUUGCAUAUGGUGCUGGUGGUGAAUGUUUCUCAAAUCGAGGAGAUGGGAACAACAAUUUCGCCGCCGCAUCGCCUACGUUACUCCACCAACCAACGUUCAACCCUUUCUUGCAGAUCUGACAUCACCGGCGUCGCCGACUCAUCCUUCUUGCCGAUGGUGUUGUUGCAAGAUUUAUCUCAGCGUCGGGAGGGAGUUUCAGUUCCGCCGCCGCUACCGCCGAUGUGGAAUCUUCCCAAACUGACAACACCCAGCCACUACCUCGUCACCGUACCCACAAGUACAGCUGACACCGACGACGCUUUGUCUCCUCCGGCUGCUUCAACUUUCCAGAUCUCGCGAAUUCAGAGCCCGGAGCUCUGUCCCUUCAAUGGCGAUUCCCAGAAAUCGGAGGAGCAAUCCGCUCGUUCUCUCCCUCAUCAGAUCCGUUGAUAAAUUAGGUAAGCAAAGAUGAGGGUCGUUCUCCCCCUUGCUCGAUGUCGCCUUCUUCCUCUACUUCUCUGCUUCAACGACGAUGGCGUGAGUUUGGUGAUUGGGAAUCAUCUAGAUCUGAAGGUUAGUUUCUGUGGUGGGGCUUGAGGGAGGAGUGUGAGGAGGCGGAGGGCGGCUUUGGCGGCGGUGACAAAUACGGCGGAGGAGGAGAGGAAGCUUUUGGAGAUCGAGAUUUUUGGCAGAUUGAAGGUUUGUGCGGUGGUAGAUGAAUGGGGUUUGGGGGGAGUUGGAGGAAAGAUGAAAAAGGGGCGGAGAGAUGAAAAAUAAUUCUUUUUCUUUUUCAUCUUUUUAUUUAGCAUAAUAAAUAUAAAUAAUUUUAUUUUCCACUAUGGCAUGCCACAUAGUCCAAAUUAAACGCAGUUAAAUACGACAGUUUGUCCAGUCAGCAAUCGUUAUAUUUCCGUUACAUUAAUGGACGGAAUGGCUAUUUCUGUGUAUUUCUCAGAAUCUGGCUAUAUUUGUCACAAAGUGCAAAGUUAUGGCUAUGGAAGUGAAUUUUGCCAAACAAUAAUGCAUUUCCUUCCCAUGUAGUUGAAAACCAAUAUCAUCGUAUCUUAAAACAGAAAAUACAGAGAAGAUCAAAGUCGGUUUGACUUGACGUCAUAUCCUUUUUCUAUUAUUUGUCAAUGUGAAUUUCAUGCAUGUCAAUCCAAGUUCACUGUAAAUCAGAUGAAAUCAUCAUCAUAUACCAUCGUUUACCACCAACCUAUAUUAAAGUCAAAAUGAUUGAGUUUAACUAGUUGCAAAAAGUCAAAAUACUAGAAAUAUGAAUAGAUACAAUAAGAAAUUGAGAUUAAAUAGGUAAAGAAUAGGGCGAGUCAGAAGUAGAUAUACAUGCCUUGCCCACACUACUACGAGUCGGGUAAUACCCGCCUCAUCACGGGUUAGUUCGGAUAAUACCCGAUGAGACUUAUUCAAAUUGAUAUUCCUACUCCGAGACUACUCAUGACUCAUCACAAAGAGUUCAAGAAGACGAAUUUGGAGUUUGAAUUGAUACUUGAAUUUCAUUCUCAACCAUGUGCUUUUAGGUUUGUUACAGUUUGAUCCUUGUUUUGAUUGAAAUCAGUUAUCAAUAUGGCCUCUAUACCUCUUGUAGAUGCUGCUCUAGGAGUUCACGUGGGAUAAAUUUUUCAAGACAAAAAAUAGUUGAUUGGUAUAUCAUCAGCAUUUCAACACCCUAUUUAUCAAUACAAUUUCUUGUCAAUCCAUUUGAUUCGAUAGGGUUCUCGUUUUAGUGACUCAUUUAUCAAUAUGAUCUCGUGUCCAUGAAAUCCCAUAUAUAUUUAUUUUACUAAAACCACAAAACUUUUACAUAAUCCAAAUCAAAUGCAUUGAAUAAGUUGGAGCAACCUGUGGCGAAGUUAGAACUUUGGACAAUGGCAAGGGUCUGCCUUCCUCUAGAGCAAAGACUCCCCAGCAGCGGCGGAUACAGAACACAGUAGAGCACUGGGUCGGAUUUCAUUAGAAAAUUAGAUAUCGUAAAUUUUUUACAAUAUCAAUUAUACACGUCGAUCUUUUAAAUUUUUAUAUAGUGGAUUCAUCAAUAAUGGAGUCUACAUCCAUACCAGUAGCAUACUCUUUUUCGGAUAAAAAAGUUAACCAAUCGGCGAGAAAUUCAUCGCUCAUUUGUUGCGCAAAUAAUUUGUCACAUGUUUCAUUGUUGAAAAGGUUCCCUCCAUAUUAGCUGUUGAAACGGGCAAUGUCAACACUAGACAAAUCAAUCGACUAAUCAAUUUGUAUUAUGUGUCAAUCUCUAUUUCUAUCAGCUGCUCAAGUAAUUUUUCAAGGGAGCAAACCUCAUAUUUCUUUUAGUCUUUUACGUUUUAGACUUUUAGAAUUAUAGGUUUCAUUAUUUGUUUUUCUUUAGAAGAGAAUCAUUGGAGCUAGAAUUUCCAGACUAAAUUUAGAGUUGUGUU